AGAAUCAUUUAGACAAAACAAAUUAAAUGAUUCUGAAAUUACUUUAACUUAUGCAAUUUGAAGCAAAGAUGUAAUUCACUGGUAUUAUAAGAUGAGUAGAUGGCAUGUGGAUUUGAAUAAAUUCAGAUAAGUAGGAAAGAAUAAAAUAAUGUUAAAGUAUUUAUGUAGUGAAAAAGAUUGAGUAGGCAGAGGGGAUGGCGAGCUACCAGCAGGCAUCAACAAUCGAGGAAGUGAGAACCCUAUGGAUUGGGGAUUUACAAUACUGGGUGGACGAAGGGUACCUGAGCCACUGCUUCGGCCACACGGGAGAAGUAAUAUCCAUCAAAAUCAUCCGCAACAAGCUCACGGGCCAGCCCGAGGGCUACGGCUUCGUCGAGUUCGUAUCCCACGCCGCAGCCGAGAGGGUUCUCCAGACCUACAACGGCACCCAAAUGCCCGCCACUGACCAGACCUUCAGGCUCAACUGGGCCUCCUUCGGCAUUGGUGAGCGCAGGCCCGAUGCCGCCCCUGAACACUCCAUCUUCGUCGGCGAUCUCGCCCCCGACGUAACCGAUUACCUUCUCCAGGAAACUUUUCGCGCUCACUACCCUUCCGUUCGCGGCGCCAAAGUUGUCACCGACCCCAACACCGCCCGCUCCAAGGGUUACGGCUUCGUUAAGUUUUCUGAUGAGAAUGAACGGAACCGCGCCAUGACUGAAAUGAACGGCGUUUAUUGCUCCACCAGGCCCAUGCGUAUUAGUGCUGCUACGCCCAAGAAAACCACCGGUGCUUAUGCUGCACCCGCCGCGCCUGUGCCCAAACCUGUGUAUCCGGUUCCGGCCUAUACUUCGCCUGUUGUUCAAGUUCAACCACCUGACUAUGAUGUCAAUAAUACUACCAUUUUUGUUGGUAAUUUGGAUCUUAAUGUGUCAGAGGAGGAGCUGAAGCAAAACUCUCUGCAAUUUGGGGAAAUUGUUUCUGUCAAAAUUCAGCCUGGCAAGGGAUUUGGUUUUGUUCAAUUUGGGACCAGAGCAUCUGCUGAAGAAGCCAUUCAGAAGAUGCAGGGAAAGAUGAUAGGCCAACAAGUGGUACGGAUUUCUUGGGGUAGGACUCUAACAGCUAGACAGGACUUACCUGGUGGCUGGGGACCACAGAUGGAUCCAAAUCAAUGGAGUGCCUACUAUGGGUAUGGACAGGGUUAUGAAGCCUAUGCUUAUGGGCCUGCUCAUGAUCCUUCAUUGUAUGCAUAUGGUGCAUAUCCUGGCUAUGCACAAUACCCCCAACAGGUUGAAGGUGCUCAAGACCUAUCGGGUAUGUCUGUGCCUACCAUGGAACAAAGGGAGGAAUUGUAUGAUCCAUUGGCAAUGCCCGAUGUUGAUAAAUUAAAUGCUGCAUACCUCUCAGUACAUGGAAGUGCCAUUUUAGGACGGUCGCUUUGGCAAAAAACCUGUUCGUCAUCCUUACAGCAAGCUUAAGAUCUAAUUGUCCUGCCUGGUCAAUUAUGUGCAUUAUAUGACAAUAUUCUGCAUAGAUUUAAAUUCUUGUUAAUACAUACUUGAGUUGAUCCCAAUACAUUUUUUCUUAAACACAACUUUGUUGGUGUAAAGAAUGUGGAAGCGGAUCCUCUCCAGCACCUACCGUCUCCAGCUCCCUCCUGCAUCAUUGUCAGCCGUUGGAUACAAGUAAAUGAUGAGUGUUUUAAAGGUUAGAAAGUCAUACCUAGAAAAAAACAUUAAGUAAUGAAUAAGUUUUUUUUUUAUCAUUAAGUAAUGAAUAAAUUUGAUCCUCUCAGUCGGAUGAGAAAAAAAAAA